AUCUAUCCAAUAAAUUGAAAUAAAGAAGAAGAUAUUAAUAUGGGAAAUGUAAUCAUCAAACGAUAUAUCAACCAAAUCCAUCAAAGAAUUACAACCAUAAAUCCCUCGAAUCGAUAUUUCCUUCAAGGAUGGAAAAUCAUAUUACAAAAAGAAGAAAAAAAAAAAUAAAAUCAGCGGUGGCAGCGUUUCUUCACGGGUGAUCGAACGUAUCGAUAGUCAUCGAGCAAUUCCUCGCUACCAAACUGAAAGAAGAUUAUUAAUCACCGGAAAUUACGCUCCGCUGAUUUACCAGCGAAAAAUGGGGGAUGAAAGUUGCUUCGAAUCGGGAACAAACGGAGGUUGAGAAGGGAAGAGGAGGAAGAAAAAAAGUGAGUUGAGGAAGAGAAAAAGAGAAGAGGGAAAGAAAACGGCGGAAAUGGAAGGAAGAAAGGCACCGGGUGUAUACACAGAAGGACUCGCGAAGAAGUCUAUAGAAAGCUGGAAUAGAGGAAAAACACGAGGUGCUCUCACUUGCUCCAAUUGAUUCGCCAAUAAUUCCAUCCUUCUUCAACCCUUUUCAGCCGAUAAAAGAAUCCUCGAGAAGGGCCAUGAGCCCGUGGAGACUGGACGACAAAAUCUGAUUGGAUUAUUUGCUUACAGAGGCCCCUUCGGAAGCCUCUGUACAGUAGUCCAUGCGUAUUACGAAGCUUAAUAAAAUUAGAAAAUUCCUUACGGAGCUACAUUUCGGAACAGCAUAAUAAUUACAGGCCAUCAUGGACGUUGAGGCAGCGCUGCUGGAGAACUCUCCAACACUGUCGACGAUCUCGUCGGAUUGCACCGACACCACGUAUUCGGGCCCGGGCUCGCCCUAUUCCCCGGAAUCGCCCAUCGUCACCUCGUCGUCCUACAAGAAAACAAAGGAUGACGAGGUCACGCCUAGACCGACACCCAGGCAUCCACUACCGCCCAGGAAGCCCAACUUCCGGAUACGACCGCCCUAUCUCAUGAUUUGCAUCAGCAUCAUAGAGAUAGCCGUACACUGUCUGGGAGACGAAGCGACGCUGCGCAGGUGGUUGGUCUACGACCCCCGUCAGAGGGUGCAAGGAUGGAGGUUCGCCUCGUACAUGCUGCUGCACUCGAACGCGCUUCACCUUGCGUUGAACGUGGUCAUCCAGCUGGUGCUGGCCACCCCUCUCGAGGUGGAACAGGGUCGAAUAGGAGUGGCAACCAUCUAUUUAGGAGGUGGCGUUUGCGGAGCACUCGGGGCAUCUCUUCUUCAGCCAAGCCUCUUCUUGGUUGGUGCUUCGGCAGGUGUAUAUGCCUUACUUACCAGCCAUCUUGCACACCUUUAUUUGUGUCACGGAGAGCUCCGUUAUGCCGGCUGGCGGCUAGGCGCGGUACUACUCUUAGCCAGUGCGGACGUUGCUUCACUGCCAAUCCCAGCCCUUCUAGGUUGCGGUCGAGUCGGUUGGGCCGCGCACGUAGCUGGUGCACUGGCAGGACCUCUCUUGGGGCUGGCUGUGUUCCCAAACCAGAGCAAAAAGGACGCAAGGGGACGAAGAUUCGUCAGAUUCGUUCGCCUCUUAUCCGCCAUCAGCGUGAUGCUUCUCGUCGUAGGCGCCAUCUUGGGCAACAUCUACCUGAUCGCUCUUCCACAACUGAGGAAACCAUCCUGACAGAGGAUCGAGCUGCUCGUCAAGCUCUGCAGACGAUCCUUCCUUAUCGUCAAGAUCAGGGAAGCCGCCGAGAGCGUUUUCGAGUAGGUCCUUGCCAAUCUUAUCUCUUUGGAAUGGGAAUAUUUGCCACGUUAUUUGGACCCAGGGAGAAAAUUGGAAUCGUGUGAAAUUGUGAGAAAGAUUCGAGGAUGAAAUCUGAGAUGUGGAUCUUCGAAUCUUGAAGAUUGGAAAUAUUGUGGAUUAUUAAUAAAUAAGGAAAUUUUUUACAAGAUGUGGAUCGGUUGAAAGUGACAUGGUGCUGAUAGUUUGGAAAUGAUUAAGAAGAAAGAUUUCGGAAUUGAAUGGAAUAAGGAAUUAAUUUAUAAAUUGAACUUGGAAGAAAUCUUGGAAGAAUAAAAGAUAUUGAAAAGAGUUUAAUAACUUGAACUUUGAGAAUAAACAGUAACGAACAAACGAUGUGCAUUUAAUUAUAAAAAGAAAAGAAUUCUGAAAAAUUAGAAGAGACACGAAGAAAAGAUAGUGUCUCUGAAAAAUCCAUUGAUUUUUACUGCUUAUAAAAAAAACUGCCACAAGAGAACCAUCCAUCAACCAAACAAUUUCUCCCUUUCGAAAGAAGAUAGUAAUAAAAAUGGAAAAAACAAGAUCAAUCGAUCAACCAGAAAAAAAAGAGAAAGGAGAAAAGACAUGAGAGGAAUCUAAGCGAUUCUUACCGAAAAAAAA